GUGACUACGGAGCUCCAGUGUGGGUGUUCCGGAGGAAAGGAGCCUUCAUGGGGACCAGAUUCGAGCAGUGUGGAACUGCUUUGGCCAGGUGGACCUGUCCUCAUUCAAAACCUGCAUCUAGUGCUUGCGCAGAGUCAACUAGGCAUAUCUAAACCAAGGAAUCUUUUAAAGGUUUACAGCAUCCCAAAGAGAGGGCAUGGUGUGCUCCUAGCCACUUGUGAAAAUGCCCAAGAAAGACCCCAAGAAGGAUGCAAAGAAGGGUGGAAAACCUGAACCAGAGAAAAAGAAAGAGGAGGAAACAAAAGGGAAGGAUGAUAAAAAGGGAGGAAAAGACGACAAGAAAUCUGGCAAGGAUGAUAAGAAAUCCAGCAAGGAUGAUAAGAAAGGUGGGAAAGAUGAUAAGAAGGGGGGCAAAAAGGGAAAGGUGGAGCCACCAAAGGGGAAAGAUGAUGGAAAGAAAGGAAAAGACAAAGGAAGAGGUAAGAAAGUGGAGUCCGAGGAGGAUGAGGAUGAGCUCCUGAGUGAUGAGGAAGAGGACGAAGAGUUCAGUGAAGAAGAGGAUGAGGAGGAGGAAGAUUCAGAGGAUGACAGGAGAGGGAAGGGGCGAGGAGGCAAGGGGGCCAAGGGAAAGAAAGGGGGAAAGUCUAGACGUGGGGAUUCAGAAGAGGAUGACGAGGAGGAUGAGGACGAAGAGGAUGACUACGAAGAGGAUUACGGUAAAAAGAAAUCAAAAGAUGGCCGCCACCAUAAAGGUGGGAAAUCUGAUGCUGAUGCAAAGAAGAAGAAAGGCAAAAAGAAAGAGGAAGUCUGA